AUGCGUUUCCUUAAAUUUGCCCUCUUGGCCUGUCAGCUCGUUCUGCCAGUGCUUGCCCAAGAUGCCACCAACUCUUCUGCCAUCUUCCAGCUCAGCAGCGACCCAGAGUUCGCCUUCGUCUUAGAAACCGUCAUGUCCCUUGCCAACAAUUACGGUGCACAGACAGGCGAGGUCUUGCGGGCUGCCAGCCAGAUCACUCCCGGCGACUUCGAGAGCUGGUAUGACCAGUUUGUAUACCUAGGCGAUGCCAUCCACGACAAGGCCACCGCCAUCAACGCCUCCCGCUUCCCGGUCUCAGCUCGUGAGGCCUACUUCCGCUCCUCCAGUUACUACCGCUAUGCCCCCUUCUUCCUGCACGGAAAUCAAAGCGACCCGCGAAUCAACAAGAUCGGAGCCCUCGCCGUGGAAGACUUUAACAAAGCCGCCGCACUGCUCCCCCUCCCCCCCGUGAAUCUGAAUAUUCCCGCGUCCAGCCCCAACGUCCCCGGCGGCAACUUCUCCGUGCCUGUUCGGUUUUUCAAGGCCCAGCGCGGAAACGCAAAGCUACCCACGCUGGUUCUCAAUGAAGGAUACGAUGCCGCCCAGGAAGAUGUCUACCAUGAACUCGGCCUCGAAAUCCUCAACCGCGGCUGGAACGUCAUCACCUACGAGGGGCCCGGCCAGCCUACCGUCCUGCGCGAUCAGAAACUCGGCUUCAUCCCAGACUGGUGGAACGUCUUGUCCCCCGUCAUCGACUACCUGGAGACCCGUGACGACGUGGACAUGGACCACGUCGCCACCGUCGGCGUUUCGUUCGGCGGCCAACUCACCCCUCUCGCAGCGACCCGUGAACACCGUUUGUCUGCCGUGAUCUGUGUCGACGGCAUGACAGACAUGCAUGCCAUCUUUGCGGCGGAGCUCGGGGCAACCACCAUCGCGCUUUAUAACAACGGCUCGUACGCGGAAUUCGACAAGUUAAUCUUGGCCGCGGCGCGUAGUUCUUCGACCCCUACUUCCGCCCGCUGGGCCCUCGAUCAAUCGCUCUUCUCGUUCAAUACCACCAGCCCCUCUGUGUGGUGGGGGCGUUUGGCGGAGUUUACGAUCAACUCCACCAUGUUGGCCAACAUCUCCUGUCCUGUGUUUGUUGGCGAAGGCGAGAAUGACAGCCUGGGUGGUCAGGCAGUGAAGAUGGCUAGGACGCUUGGGAACAAGGCCACGUAUAAUCUCUUCCGGACUGAUGUCGGGGCAGGUGAGCACUGUCAGCUUGGUGCUGAGGCUCAGCUGGCUCAGGUUACGAUGGACUGGUUGGAUGAGACCUGGGAGCAUGUUGCCUUGCCAAAGAAUCUUACCAAUGUGGUUUAUUAAUAUUUUGGCGGGUGGUGAUGAUUUCUUUAUGUUUUUUGUUUUAG